CAAGCGUCUGGACUGCCUGAAUACAUAAAGAUUGUAGAAGUUGGGCCAAGAGAUGGAUUACAAAAUGAAAAGGUGAUAGUCCCAACUGAUAUCAAAAUUGAGUUAAUCAACCGGCUUUCCAGAACAGGCCUGCCUGCAAUAGAAGUGACCAGUUUCGUUUCAUCCAAGUGGGUGCCUCAGAUGGCAGAUCACAAAGAAGUAAUGAGGGGCAUUGAGCGGCAUCCUGGAGUCCAAUAUCCUGUUCUCACACCUAAUCUUCAAGGUUUUCAUUCUGCUAUUGCAGCAGGGGCUACAGAAGUCUCAGUAUUUGGUGCAGCAUCUGAAUCAUUUAGCAAAAUGAAUAUUAAUUGUUCAAUUGAAGAAAGCAUAGAAAAAUUUGAAGAAGUUGCUAAAUCUGCAAGGAAUAUGAAUAUUCCAGUGCGUGGGUAUGUGUCAUGUGCAUUGGGAUGCCCAUAUGAAGGAAACAUCAUACCAGCUAAAGUGGCAGAAGUAUCCAAGCGGCUGUACAGUAUGGGCUGUUAUGAAAUCUCUCUGGGGGACACAAUUGGUGUGGGGACUCCUGGAAGUAUGAAAAGAAUGUUGGAAGCUGUUAUGAAAGAAAUUCCUCUGAGUGCUCUUGCUGUUCACUGUCAUGACACGUAUGGCCAGGCGUUGGCCAAUAUCCUCACAGCCAUCCAGAUGGGAGUUGCUGUAGUGGAUUCAUCGGUUGCAGGACUGGGUGGUUGUCCCUAUGCAAAAGGUGCCACUGGAAAUGUAGCCACAGAGGAUGUGAUAUACAUGCUUAAUGGUCUGGGGAUCAAUACAGGAGUAAAUCUUUAUACAGUGAUGGAAGCUGGAAACUUCAUCUGUACAGCUUUGAACAAGAAAACAAACUCAAAGGUUGCACAAGCUUCCUUCAAUACUGGAACUAGCAAUUAAAUGGAUUUCUUUUGCAGCUUAAUUACAUUUGUCAUCUACCUUGACCAAGGACAUUUAUAUCAAGAAAACAAAUAUAAGAAAACCAUUUCAGCACAGAACCAAAAUAGAACCCGUAUAUAACUUUUUAUUAUGGGAAGAGUUACUGGACUGGACUGUUUUGUCAAGAAUUGUCUGAUUUGUAAGUAAGAAAUAAAUGACUGCAGUACAAAACCCUGUGCUAGUUACUUCUACAGAUGAGAAAAAUGUAUGAACACCAGGACAUUUUGCCAUGUUUUAAAUUGACUUUUAGUUCUUUUCAGGAAAACUGAAUAAAAGCAGUGAAUACAUAGUUAAUUUUUAAUCAAGAUGACUUUUAGAACAGUACAAAUAUUUGCAGUAGUUUAUGAGAUCCCACACUGUGUGUGGCCAUUCUAUUAUGUGUUUUAUUUAUCUGAAUCUUUACUUUUCAUUUGUCAAGUCAGUUGUGUUAUGAACAUUGAGCCAAAUCUGAAUUCACCAUAAGAAUUUUUUUAGCAAUAGCACUUUUUUAUUUUUGUUUUGUUUAACAUCUGUUAAGUAUAUGGAUGACUUUAUCGUGUUCCAAGACUUUGUGGUGAAUGGCAGUCUGCCAG